AUGGCGAUAGUCGUGACGACGUCGGCGUCGAUGGCCGACCGCUUCUAUGGCUUCCGCUACGAGAUUCCCAGCAACAACGAAGAGACGAUCGCGCUUGUCACGGCCCAGGCGCAGCAGCACGGAUGUUUUGGCUGGGUGCAGCCCGCGCCGCAGGCCACGGUAGUGGGCGAGGAGACGUGGCACGGCGCCCACGUCCGCGUCUACACCUCGACAAAGAUCCGCUUCCACUUCAGCUACUUCCGCCGGCUCGAGACGGCGCGCGACACCUGCUUUGCGUCACCGCCCCACGCGUGCAUUGCCCACACACGUCACGAUGAGCUGUAG